UCAGUUUAUUAUAGGGUUAAAUAAAUAUCUAGAAGCUGUUGACCAUGGAUUUGCAGUUGGCAUGAGAUUUAAUAUGCGAUUUGAAGGGGAAGAUUCUCCAGAAAGAAGGUUUACAGGGACUAUAGUCGGGGUUGGGGAUAUUUCUUCCCAGUGGAAAGAUUCUACAUGGCGAUCAUUAAAGGUUCAAUGGGAUGAGCCCGCAUCCAUUGCAAGACCCGAUAGGGUUUCUCCAUGGGAGAUAGAAUCUUUUGCAGCUUCUGGUCCUACAAGCCUGGUUCAACCAGUGCCAGUGAAGAAUAAAAGACCCCGACCACCAAUUGAAAUCCCAGUUCUUGAUACUGCGUCUUCAGCUGUCUGGCAUUCCUCACAUGAUUCAAUGUCUUCAGCUGUCUGGCAUCCCUCCCAUGAUUCAACUAAAUUAAGUGGUACUGCCGACAGACAGAGGACCGAGAAUCAUAUUCCAACUCCCAUGACCUGCAGCCACAACGGUAUUUUGAGGAUGCAUGUGGAGGGAGGCUGGACAUCCUCUUCCCAUGUAACUGCUUCUCGAAAGAUGAAUAUUGAUGAAACUGAAGAGAGUAGAAGUGCUUCCGCUUGGUCUGUUCCCUCACACCAUUCGACUCUGCACUCAAUGAAGCAGAGCAAUGAACUAAUGCCUGACCUAGUUGACGGAAGAUCCGGCACUGUUGCAAGCUUCCGAUUGUUUGGAAUCGACUUGAAAAGUCCUGCCAUAGGUGCCCUUCUUGCUGAGAAGGCUCCUUUAAAACUGGUCAGUGUAUCCAAUGUCGCUGCUGAAGGAAAUCUACUGAGUGCUGUGUCAGCUGUUGUUUCAGACCAAAAUUCUGAGCUUUCAAAGGAUUCCAAAGAGCAGAAGCUAGAACAGUUGCAGGUAUCACCAAAGGAGGUUCAAAGCAAACAGAGUUGCUCUACUAGAAGUCGUACCAAGGUUCAAAUGCAAGGGGUUGCAGUGGGCCGUGCUGUGGACUUAACUGCGUUGAAAGGGUACGACGACCUUAUUAGUGAACUAGAAAAUAUGUUUGGAAUCAAGGGAGAACUUUGUCCUCGGAGUAAAUGGGAAAUAGUCUUUACAGAUGACGAAGGUGAUAUGAUGCUCAUGGGUGAUGAUCCGUGGCCGGAAUUCUGUAACAUGGUGAGAAGGAUCCUCAUUUGUUCAAGCCAAGAUGUGAAGAAAAUGAGUGCAGAAAGCAAGCUUCCUCUAUUUAUCGUAGACAGUGAGGGAACUACAACUAGCUUGGAUGCUGUUCAAAACUAGCAAUGUAACUUUUUCGUUUUUUUUUUUUUUAUUUUGGGGUGGGGUUGAUGGAUUGGGUUUCGGAUUGGGCCAUUGGCCAGAAUGCUACAGAUGAGUGAGGAGACACGGGCUAUCCGUUGCUCAUUUUUAGAGCACUUUCAAACAUUAGCCGGGUAUGAAGAAUGAAAACACUGAACUGUAUUAGGGGAAAUUCGUCUUAACGGGUAGGAUUAGGAUCUGUGCAUAUCAGGGGUGUUUCUGUUGACUGUUGAUGAGUUGUUUUCAUUUCCAAUGCUUGUAAAUAUGUGUAGUUGUUUUUGGACAAUGUCCCAGUGAAUGGAAGCUUGCAAGCUUUAUGUAGCAUUGUGUACUAAACUGAUUUAAUCGAGCAGUGGUACUUUCGUUGGUG